UCUACAAUUCAUAAACCUAUUCUUCUGAUACUGCAGAUGUUCAUUUCACCUCUCGUAAUAUUAUGUGGUGACACAACUUUAGCCAAAAGCUUGGGUCAAUCUUCAUUUCCCAGCAACUUUCUCUUUGGAACUGCCUCAUCUGCUUAUCAGUUUGAAGGUGCUUAUUUAAGCGAUGGUAAAGGUUUGAACAACUGGGAUGUGUUCUCUCACAAACCAGGUAACAUAAUUGAUGGAAGUAAUGGAGAUCUUGCAGUGGAUCAUUAUUAUCGGUAUAUGGAAGACAUAGAGUUGAUGGGAUCGCUAGGAGUGAACAGUUAUCGCUUCUCAAUAUCAUGGGCUAGAAUCUUACCUGCGGGCAGAUUUGGAGAAGUUAAUUUGGCUGGAAUUGACCACUAUAACAAGCUCAUUGAUGUUCUCCUACUUAAAGGGAUCCAACCAUUUGUUACUUUAAACCACUUCGAUAUACCUCAAGAACUUGAGGAUAGGUUUGGAGGAUGGCUUAGUCCGGAAUCACAGGAAGAAUUUCGACAUUUUGCUGAUACUUGUUUUAAAUCUUUUGGGGACCGAGUGAAGUAUUGGGCAACCUUCAAUGAGCCAAAUCUCCAAGUCACAAGUGGUUACCGCUCAGGUAUAUAUCCACCAGCUCGUUGCUCAAGCCCAUUUGGAAAUUGUAACGAUGGGGAUUCAGAGAAGGAGCCGUUUGUAGCAGCCCACAAUAUUAUCCUAUCACAUGCAGCUGCAGUUGAUAUUUUUCGAAGCAAAUACCAGAAAAUACAAGGAGGUAUGAUUGGGAUUGUCUUAUAUGCUGCAUGGUUUGAACCUAUUAGCAACUCCACAGCAGACAAGUCAGCUGCUGAACGAGCUCAAUCCUUUUUAACAAACUGGAUCUUGGACCCAAUUAUAUUAGGGAGAUAUCCAUCAGAGAUGAAUGACAUUCUUGGAUCCAACUUACCAGAAUUUUCAAACAACGACAAGGACAAACUGAGGAACGGAUUGGAUUUUAUUGGCAUCAACCACUACACCAGUUACUAUGUCCAAGACUGCAUCUCCUCCAAGUGUGAGCCUGGACCAGGGAUUUCCAAGACAGAAGGUUUUUACCUACAGAGUUCACAAAGAAAUGGUGUCCCCAUUGGAGAAUAUACUGAUCUAGAUUGGUUAAAUGUUUACCCGCAAGGAUUGGAGAAAACCAUUACCUAUAUAAAGGAAAGAUAUAAUAAUACACCCAUGUUCAUUACAGAAAAUGGGUAUGGCGAAGUCUACAAUCCAAAUUCCACCAUUGAAGAUUUCCUCCAUGAUGUCAGAAGAGCGAACUACAUAGCUGGCUAUCUAGAUGCACUAUCGGUGGCAAUAAGGUAAUGAACAUGCCAACAUGCUGUGCCAUC